AACUCCCAACUCUCAAGUCGGGCGCACGUGGUAUAUUCUGCAAGUGCAAAUAAAAAUACUGAGAUCUCAAAUAUUAUUUUAACACGCAGAAAGGGCAUACAGAAUCCGUGACGAUUCUAUUGUACAUAUUAGUCGUCAAUAUUAAUAUAUGAUCUUCGGAUGCAUAUUUUAUUGUGUCGAUAAUGCGCGAUAUUUGUUAUUAACAAUGAUAGAUCAAGAUAGUCAAACCGAGGAUACCGUGACGCUGCUUCUCCAAAAGGAGCGAUUUAAGAUUGAUAAAAAAAAACUGAUCCAUAAGAGCCAAUAUUUUGCCGCACUUCUCUCUACAACUUAUACAGAUCAUCGUUUGUCGGAACAUAUUAUCAACUAUGAGAUUCCCUCAAUUUCCUUCCAGGAUUUUAUAAAUUGGAUUAACAAUGAUGAACAUGAUGUUAUGAGAAAGAUAUUUAAUAAACACAAUCUUGGACGUCUUUUGAUAUUAUUGGAGUUAAGUGUUCUCUUCGUAGUAGAUGACUUAAUAGAAAAUAUAACACUUAGACUCGAGAAAUAUUAUUUGUUACCGAUAGAUGUAAUUGAUAUUUGGUUGCUGGCACAGGAAUUAGGCCUUAGUAUAUUACAAGAUCUUUGUUUGGCUGUUUGCUUAGAUCGUUUUACUGAACUGCCAUUAAAUUUGAUCUAUAAGCUAUCAAGGCAAAAUUUUUUGAAAUUAGUUGGAAAUAUUAAUCUAAGAGUUGCAAAAAUAUAUAAUGCAGAAUCUUAUUUGCCCCAAAUUGCGCAAGAAUGGAUGAAAAUUAAUAAGGACACAAUUCCGUUGGAUAUUUUAAAAAAGACUGGACCAAUAGUUUAUCCAAGUAUUAUAUCCUGUGAUAAUUCUGAUUCUUCUGAUGUUAAUAAUGAAUUUUAUCUUCAUUGUUGGAAUGAUGAUAAGCUCAUUGAACUUGCUACAUUUAAAUAUCCCAAAGAUAUUAUCAAUAACAAUACGAAUAGUAGAAUAAUAGGAAUGCAGAUUACUGCCAGAGGACAUAAUUUAUAUCUUAGCGGCGGAGAAUUUGGUAUCGGUUCAGGAAGGUUCAAUAUGAACAUAUGGCGUUACUCUCUGAUAUCUAAGAAAUGGUUUUUCGAGACAAGUAUGCCACAUGCGAGAAGACAUAUGGUUGCUGCAUUUGUGCGGAAUACAUUAUUGCUUGCAGGUGGUGUAGGACAUUAUCGACGAAAACUAGGAUCUCUUGAUAUCUAUAAUGUCCAUAAAGGCAUAUGGAUUAAGGGUUCGACCAUGCCCGUGGAAUUCGUCACUCCCCCUGAUUAUUUUGUUGUUGAAAACAAAUUGAUCUUAUAUUUUAAUCAGUCUAAGCUAAGAUCAUUACCUUUGAUGUAUGUAUAUAACAUCGAGUGGAAUUCAUGGUACAUAGUAUCAAUAAAAUGUCAACAGCAACAUGUACGUGAACUACAUGUGACUACGCCAAUAAUGAAGUUUAAUGCUGCUUCAUGUUACAUUGAUGUUAACAAGCCAGACAGAAUCAAUCUAAAAACUAUUGUAGUGAUAUGCAACAAUUUAGAACAUAAUCGCAAACAAUUUGAUGAAGUAACUGCUGACCUUUGCGGAACUAAUGAUGACAAUGAAUAUAAUAUGUACUUUUGCUUUACACUGUUACAAAAUGAUUUAUAUCAGAACAAUAUGCUGAUAUGUACGAAAGAUUUGCGUUUUGCACUAAUAUGUUUGGCAGAAAGAGAACAUUUACAGUGGCAUAGUAUACCUAUACAGAACCCAAACAAGUUCCGUUCUCUUACUUCGGAGUCACGUUCAGACUUUUUUCAUUUGAUGGAUCCAGCUAAUUUACAUGUUAAGUCGGCGGUGAAAUUGGAUUAUACAACUUGACAUAUAUAAUUCUUUGUGAGUUAAACGCUCGAUGAUUGAACAUAGAAAUAUGAAUAGAUAUAAAGAUCCAAGUAAAAUCCAAGAAAAAUGCAGUGAAAAAAUUGCAGAAAUAUUGCAGAUUAAAAGAUCUUUACACUCUCUAUGUACUCUUUGAAAAAAUCAACUUGGCUUUAUUUUUAUCUAUAACAAUGUCCUCUACUUUCACGAAUUGUCAAAAAACAUUGUAAAUAUAUUGCAUAACAUUUGUUGUGUCAGAAAUGAUUUUUUUAUAUAAAUUUUGCAUAGAGUAUGAAUGAACAUUUUUUAUUGACUUUUAUAUGAAUUUUUAUAUUAAAGUUUUUAUCAACGCUAAUUGUUUUGUUUAUUACUAAAUUAUAUAUCGGAAAAAUACAUCUUAUCUCUUUUUCUCAUUGACACCCAACGAUUACACAAGUGUAAUUACUAAUUUGAGGACGAUUGUGGAAUUUUAAUAGGACUUACAUUUAUAAUCUAUAUUAGUAUGAUACAACGGUGUAAUAAUAAGAUUUCAUUUUAAAUCACAUGUUUUAUUUUAUCGUAAAUUUUUUUUGAGACGGAAAGCAGUCUUCAAACAAGUAUAACACGACCAUUAACGUGGAAUAAGAAGGCACAUCGCGAUAGUAUAUCACGUAAAAAUAAAUACUUGCCGUUCUUGCGAUGCCACGAGAAUUCCCGAUGAGAUUAAUAAUAAUGUUGGCGGUUUUUCGAGGAUGCUGGCAGUCUCGUCGGGAAAACCGCGUUUUGAAUAUCAUGUCGAAUAUCCUACAAAUUUUCGAUUCUAUUUCAUUUUUUUUCGAUUGUGCCGCGAUGUACCCGUUAAGUAUUAAGUAUAUACCAAGUCGUGUGAUACAGCAAAGCCGAAUAUUUUAGCGUAAUAAGUUGCGUGUGCUAUCCGUAAUGCGAAGAUGCGGGGACGCGGAAAUUAUUCGGAUGCUCGUCUUGUAAAAAUAAACCGCGUCCCGCUGAUUCGAGCGAUUCACACAUGCGACAUUUUAUGACAAAACACACAGGAAGAGAAUACAGCGUUCCAAAAUAAUUUACAUACAGAAUAUACGCGCGCACGAAAGAGAGAGAGAGAGAAUAAUAUUAAUCUUUCGGUUCUCCUUUUCUUUUUUUUUGUACAGAGACGUCGUAGACUUAAAAGCGGUCAUCGCGACGAGCCGUUUCGGUUUUCUUCAUUCGUGUAUUCUCUCGUUAAGCUUCGUGCAAAAGUUGAAAGGCCAGUGGAAAGCCAGUGAAAAGGAUCAACCGGAGAUGGUUCGACGUCUACGAAUCGAAUGCAUACGAAAACGGAGAAGAUAUAUUCUUUUUGGAGAAAACGUAUUUGUGUAGAUUAGAUGCUUCCCCCCCCCCCAA